GAUUGUAAGAUUUCUAUAGUCUGCAUUUUAGCUGCCAAUCACUUUUCCCUCACUCCGGCUCUUUUCAGUUGCGUACAUCUGAUCGAGUACUAUUUGGACAAGAGCAAAUUGCCACUCCCAUCUUUUCUACUCAAAAAACUGUAAGGCGGUGAAAAUGGCUGGACAAUUUACUCCGGAACAAUCUGCCCAACUUCAGUCUGAGGUACAGGUUGAGCUCGAAAGAAGAGAAUGGGCUGAACCAAACGACAAUGUCAUGGCCGAAUAUAUCACUGUUCUGCUUGCGAAUGGUAGCUCUAGAGAGCGUGUCCAGUCGGAGAUGGACGACUUAGUUGGUUCGGAUUUCGAUCCAGCAUUCCUAGACUGGCUUUUCGCCAAAUCAGAAUCAAUUGUAUCUGCUGGAUCUGCUACUCAACCUGCGACAACUCCUCUCGAGGCUGCGGAAACUGCUACAUCUGCAGCAACACCGCGGGGAAAUUCUCGCCUUCUGAGUUCUGCUCUCGCGCCACUGACCUCUCAACCGGAAAAACGGAAGUUACCUGAUAUCACGCAUGACGGCCAGAAUAAACGUCCCGCACCCGAGGUGCCGGUCGGACCUCGUUUGGGGGCCGUGACACCUAGAAGCCCCAACAUGCCAGCUGUCUCUGUUCGUGGUAGAGGCAUGGGAAUACGGGGAACGUCCAGCGGGGGACGAGGUACCAUGGUAAACCAGUCUCCUGUUAAUGGAAGCUUCAUCCAUCAGCAACCGUCACAACAGACUCAGCCAGGGUUCAGACCUCGACAGCAGAUGCAACCAGGAAGAUUUAAUCAACAGAUUGGGAACCCUGGGAUGCUUGGGAUGCCCAACCAACAGGAAAUGAUGGCGCAAAUGAUGAUGAUGCAGGCGAAUAUGGCGCAAAUGGGUCAGAUGAUGUCCAUGAUGGUAGGCGAGCGCCAACAUACACCUCAACGACAGCAACCAUCGAUUUCACAAAGCGGCUACCAAGCCAGUCCGCCUGUUCCUGUCAAACUUCCUCCAGGUACUAAAUUAGGGAGCCACUCCAUCUCUUCCAUCACUCCAAAAAGCUCUACAGGUCCCAUCCCCGAUAAGCCGACUUCCGUCGCCUUAUGCAAGUUUGGGGUAGGUUGUAGCAAUGCUCGGUGUCCUUACAGUCACCCAAGCCCUGUGGCGGACGAAAAAACCGGCAUGGUGCUUAGCGAAGAAGCUUGCGAGAAGGGGAAGGACUGCAAGGACCCGGAGUGCAUCAAAAGCCAUGUCAGCCCCUCCGCCGUGCUUGGUGACUCUGUUGGUCCUAGCAGGUUGCUCUGCAAAUACCAGAAUUGUAAUAAUCCUUCUUGCCCCUUCCGACACGAAGAUGCAGACGGCAAUCCUGUCCCUCCGCCAGCGCUCACCAAAAGUAAUAAACCGACAGUGGUCAAAGCGCCUGCAUCAAGCUCCGAUGACGGUAGUGUGGAGGUGAUCAACUCUCAUAGAGAUCUUUUGGAUGGCCAAUUGGCUGAUGGGCCAAAGAUGAUCCAAUGCCGAUUUGGUGACCGGUGUACUCGGGCUGAUUGCAAAUUCCUUCACCCUGCUUCUCGGUCUCUUGCCAAAGCUAAAAAACCUCUGCAAUCCUCUCACGCCCGCCCAAGCAAUGCUGCUAUUAGUAUUGCGGGUGGGUUGUCCAAGAGCAAGAAAUUUGGUGCUGAUGGAAAGCAAGGGGGAUUGAAUCCGGACGCAAUGGAGUUCAAGCCUACUGGGCAUGAUGAAGAAAAAAACGGAGCAGAUUUAAACGUGACCUUGUAGUUACGGAUUUUUUGACCGCGUACAGUUAUUGUGAUGAUACAACGUUCUGUUUUGAAAGGGAUCGGGGAGUUAUAGUUUGGAAAGAGAUAAAAAGUAUGGAAGAAUUGAACAAAAUAAUCAACUAAUGAUAAGCUCUAUUUAUCUUAAAUAUAUUUUUAUUAGGGGCUACUAUUAUUGGGGGCGUGAAGAAGCGCGGGAACAGAAGAAUAUUGGC